CGCGAGCCGCAGGAGCGCAUUUGGUGAAGCGCGCCAAGUACGCGCUCGCUAUUCAGUAUUCUGAAGACCCUGGGACAAGAACACUGACAUUUCAUUUGCUCAUUUGGACCUAUUUUUUCCAAUCCAACCUUAAAGCUGAAAUGCUUUUUCUCUGAUGAUUUCUGGAUCAUGGAUCCUCUAUACAACACUUCGCAAAACUCAAGCGGCAACGGGACCAACGGUUCAUUGGUCAAUGACACGGACUUGUUCUCGAACCAGUUCGUUCAGCCGGUGUGGCAGAUAGUUCUGUGGGCCAUCGCGUACUGCUGUAUAGUUCUGGUGUCAGUUGUUGGUAAUAUCACGGUCAUCUGGAUCAUUUUAGCGCAUAAGCGCAUGAGGACUGUGACCAACUAUUUUCUAGUCAAUCUUGCGUUCGCAGAGGCUUCCAUGUCGGCUUUCAAUACCGUUAUUAACUUUGUGUAUGCAGUGCACAACGAGUGGUACUUCGGACUUGUUUACUGCAGAUUUCACAACUUCUUUCCAAUAGCAGCUGUCUUCGCUAGUAUUUACUCCAUGACAGCAAUAGCCCUGGACAGGUACAUGGCUAUCAUCCACCCACUCCAGCAGCGACUGUCGUCCGCUGAGACCAAGCUGGUGGUGGGGGUGAUCUGGGCCCUGGCGCUGCUCCUGGCUUUCCCCCAGUACUAUUUUUCCAGCACCGCUCAGCUGCCAGGACGAGCCGUGUGCUACAUCAACUGGCCAGAGUACAGUGUGUGGGAUUUUCAAAAGACGUAAGUCAAGUCAGACUUGCUGUCAAAGUCAGUGACGAUGUAUCUGUAAAAUGAAAAAUCAAAUGUGUCACAUAUGGCAAAUACGCAGAGAUAAACUGUUUUGAACAACCUAAAGUGCAUGUUCGUUGGACAGCCUACCAGACGAACGACAUUUGAAAAUGUCGAAAUACACUGGAAACUGGACAUGAACUACAGUCAAACUCAAAGCCUGAGGCGCACUUCAGAACACCUGAAAGGAAUACUUCUGCCAUGUCAAUAAUAAUAUGAAAAAUACAAUGGUAUUUCAAAUCCCUCUUGGAGCUCUAAAUUGCCCAAAAAUGCAUACCUGGCUCCUCCUCUUUUCCUGCCAUUCUGGCACCUUAAGCAAAGACAAUAAACUUUGAAGUUUGUGCAGUGUGGUCUAUCUCCUCCUGCAAGGCAGCACUGCCUAUUUUAGCAACAACAUAACAAUGAAAAAUCUGACAAUGCAAACGAAAACAACAUUAGAGACACCAUAGGGUGCACUCUUAAUGCUAAGACCGGUACCAAGUA